CCUGAUGAUGAUCACUUGGUAUUACCCAUGACUCAAAAGACAAGCCGAAAACGUUCGGCCAACACAGCCUAUGACGACAGCGAGAGGAGCAAAUGCCCCAAGAUCCUCAAGGAUGGGAGCCAAAAAGAGGUCUCGCCCCUCUUGCCUUGGGAGCAGGACAAAAGUCUCGAGCAGCCACCUUCACCCGAUAUCCUCGGGCUCGAAUUUAGGCGUUUGAGUUUAACCCCUAUCGAGGCCCUGGGCAUUCUUGGCCGGCUGCCUGCUGAGGUUCGUGACGAAAUCCUGAGAUACAUGUUGCUUUCCCCCAACGAUAUUCCGGUCUUCAGGGGCUGGACCCGUGUAUUCGAACGUAUAGGACCGAAAUUGGACCUCUCAAUCCUCUACACAUGCCGUUUAUUGUGGUUGGAAGGACUCCGCAUAUUAUAUGGCGAGAACACUUUCCUCUAUGAUAUUCGCGACCCUCCUGAUUAUCUGGGGAUAAUGGACGAGUUAAAAGGCCGCGUAUAUACCAAGGACAGAAUACCCAUUGAUAAAUACGGGCACCUGAUGCGCUAUCUCAAGAUCAAUGCCCCGUAUAACCGCUUGAAUAGCUUCGUUGUCGACAACUUUCGCAAUGCUAUCCAGAAAUUUGUUCCUGGAAAUGGCCUAGCUGAGCCGGCACGCAUCCAUACAUUGACGCUUAAAUUACCGGCAGUGAAGGUGAAGAAGAUGGGGAUCAAGGGAUGGAUUGAAAAUCCAAAUGAAGUGCCUGCCACCAAAUUAUUCGACAGGUUCUCCAAUACUAGAGAGCUACUUAUGCUUCUCAAUGUCCAAUACAUACGCAUUCUAGCCACGGAUAGCGACGCGAACUUGUAUGAGAAACUAAUCGACCUUCGAUGUUAUUACAUGCAGAAACAAGCUCAAGAAGACAAGGACAGAAUCCUAGUCAAGGAUGCCAAGGGUGCCGAGGCCUAUUUCCAGGAACAAGUCGAGAGAGCGAAGACGCAGAUCUACAUGCUGAAAUUUACGGUUGAAAUACUCGCUGCAAGCUGCCCACAGGAAAGGGAUUAUGUGCAGUCUAUUGGCUGGAAGUUCAUAGGGGUGGAAAGGAAGAAACGAUACGUGGAGAGCAUGUAUAUGGACGGCGCACUACCGGAUGACUUUAGUGGUCCCCCUACACCGACUUCGUCUCAAGGAUCGGAAAGUCCAAGUAUUAGGCCUAUGUUUACCGAGGAGCAACUGGAUAGAGCGAUCGCCGGAAGCGAUGAUUCGGAAACUUCCAGCGAUUCAGAAAGUUCUGAUCAUUGAGAUCAAGGAAGACACCUCAUUAUGAGCAUCAGAAUUUGGAUGGACUAGGAGGUUUUAGGAGAGUCCAAGACGGUACAUCCGAACUGGUUCUCUUUAUGCUCAUUAGCACA